AUGUAUGAUUCAUUCGACAACACAUACCAAGCCACUAUUGGCAUUGAUUUCCUGUCGAAGACAAUGUAUUUGGAGGACCGUACAGUUCGACUGCAGCUCUGGGAUACUGCUGGCCAAGAACGAUUCCGAUCUCUCAUCCCUUCUUACAUCCGUGACUCCAGUGUAGCCGUUGUUGUUUACGACAUCUCGAAUGCCAAGUCUUUUCAAAAUACGCGGAAAUGGGUUGAUGAUGUGCGAGGGGAACGGGGGAACGACGUCAUCAUUGUCUUGGUCGGGAACAAGACAGAUUUGAAUGACAAGCGGGAAGUGACGACGGCGCAAGGCGAAGAAGAGGCCAAGAAGAAUGGCUUGAUGUUUAUCGAGACUAGCGCAAAAGUGGGCUAUAACGUCAAGCAGCUGUUUCGAAGAAUAGCCCAGGCAUUGCCAGGGAUGGAGGGUGAGGCAGGGAGAGGAGACAACCAGAGUACGUGUUACCCACGUCCCUUGUUUCCAUGGGAAUCCUAUGGCAUCAGACCGUCGAGCUCACCUUGUGUCGUGCAGUGA